UGGGAACAGGGUCGUGUGCGCGUACGCUGUCAAGUAGUCCUCGCGCUUGCGCGGGUCGUUGUGCCAUGAAGCAGAAAGGAAAGAGCAAAAAAUGAACCAAGCAAAGCGAUAUGCAAGGAAGGAUGUGGAGAUCCGAAGCUGAAUUGUAAUAUUUAUCUGCCAGGACCUUCACGGAAGGAAUCGGUCAAGAAAGCUUCCCUUGAACGUUGUUUUCUCUGUGCACGAAGGAAAAAAUAAUACAGCUAUAUAAAAGAAAAUUGCAGUUCAGACUUGCACAUUAUCAGUAAAGCGACGGAUUUAUUAUCCGUGGGGCUAAGGAGGACAAACCAAAGAUGCCGAAGAAGUUGUACGCAGCCCCACCACGCGACUGCCUCUCUGCCGUUAUGGUGCUGCUUGUGUUGCCCCGUUGUCUACUUCCUAUCUGGGCAGACAACAGCACUGCUCCCAAGGAGGAACAGUAUAACGCUUUACUUAAGGUCAAUAUUUUGGACUCCAGCGGUAACAACCACAAAGUACUCAAGAUAGAAGAUGGCCGAUAUGGUCAAGAGUCUCCCAAAGCUGAAGCCAAAGGGGUAGUCAUUGCACCGGUUCCUAUUCACGGAGUUGCAGACCGGCUGGGCUGUGGUCCUCAGACACGUUUUAUUGUUCCACCAAAUAUCAAACAUUGGAUUGCACUGUUACAACGAGGAAAUUGUACAUUUAAGGAAAAGAUUUUGAGAGCGGCCAUGUUUAAUGCUAGUGCUGUUGUAAUAUACAACAAUAUAUCCAAAGAGGAGGCUGUCAUAAUGGCACACACAGGUACUGGAGAUACAGUAGCAGUGAUGAUUACAGAGUCCAAAGGCAAAGAAAUCUUGAGCUAUGUGGAAAAGAAUCUUACUGUUAUCAUGUCCAUCGUGGUUGGAACUCGUGGUAUGCCGAAGAAUUUCAACCGUGGCUCAUUGGUUUUUGUCUCUAUCUCCUUCAUUGUUCUCAUGAUAAUUUCAUCAGCCUGGCUUAUCUUCUACUUCAUCCAAAAAAUUCGCUAUGCAAAUGCUCGCGAUAGGAAUCAGCGUCGAUUAGGAGAUGCAGCCAAAAAAGCAAUUGGCAAGCUAAGCACUAGAACAGUAAAAAAAGGAGAUAAGGAAACAGACCCUGAUUUUAACCACUGUGCUGUCUGCAUCGAAGGCUAUAAGAUGAAUGAUGUGGUUCGUAUUCUUCCUUGCAAACACGUGUUCCAUAAGGUGUGUGUAGAUCCCUGGCUAAAUGAACACUGUACCUGCCCAAUGUGCAAGCUUAAUAUUCUUAAGGCACUUGGAAUUACACCUAAUUUACCUUGUGUGGAUAAUGUUGCUUUUGAUAUGGAAAGACUAACUAGAGGUCCAACAGCUAAUCAAAGAUCAUCUCUUGGAGACCACACCAGUGAUAGCUCAAUCAGCCUGGAACCACUGAGACAUUCAGGAAUGUCACAGAUUCACUCAGAUGCCGAACUAACACCUCGCUCCGGAGAGAUCAACAUUGCUGUCACUAGUGGGAAUUUCUUUACUCGCAGCUCUCUGUCCCCUCGCAAUGUGGUCUGUGAGAUUGAACUCCCGGAUAUGCAGCCCUCCUUGGAUCGCUAUGAUGAAAACAAGUCGUGAGGCCUUUCUCUGUCACAUUUUACAGUUUUUUGUGUGGUUUGGAGCAUAAUAAUUGCAGACAUUUUUUUUAAAUCAGUGUUAAUGCGCAGACAGCACACACAUAAACUAAAGUCACCGAAUGUACUGGAAAAAUAUUGCUUUUCUUGAAAUGUUUAUCAGAUUUUUUUGGCACUUAUAAAUGUACAGCGUUUUCGUCUUUUUUUUUUAAAUUGCUGCUGCUCUUAUUCCUAGUGGAAUAACUUGACCUAAUACCUGUUUUAACAAAUGGACUAAUAGAACAGAAGCAGAUCAAGAAAGGGACCUGCAUUUGAAAAAGGGGCAAGAAAGAAAGGGAAUUUUUGGUUUUCCUUUUUUCAGACAUACUGUAGGGUGUUCAUAUUGCCAUGAAUUUAUCAUGCAUACAUGAUUCCCAUACUGUUUGUAUCAGUGUAGCGGGACCAAAACUGUGUGCACAGAAAGCAUCUUUUGGAGUUUUUUUUUUUACUCUUUUUAACAAACUAUCAUGGAUUGAAUGGAACAAUUGAAAGAAUAUUUGGAUUUGGUUUUACCUUUAUUGGGGGCAAGAAUGACCAAGGCCUCAGUAAAGUGUUAUUAGCUAGCCCUCCAUUUUGAGGUACAAUGUUCAGUAGGGUUUCAUUUCAUGUGCCAGGAUAGGCCAGCCUAGGCUAGACUAAUGUGAAAAAUGGAACAGUAUUUGUUAAGUGAUAGGUCAGUAUUUAUUUUGCAAAAUAUAUCUUUAUUAAUAAGUAAAAAUGUACUAUUUAAUUUUAAUCCAUAUACUAUUGAGUAUUAAAAUGUGCAUGUAUGCUAAGCCAACUCCAAUCCACUGAAAAAGAUGGUUUGGUAAGGUUUGAUUUAGUUGGAUCUAGAAGUACAACUACAAGGGAAUUUUCCUAAAUUUUGUUAUAUUCCUUCAUUGUUGUGUUUCUGUGGUGUUACCUGCUUUUGAACUUAUAAGGUUUUAACUUGUAAGAUACAGAUAGUUCUGGUUUUACUUGUUUUUUUUUUCUUUUUUUUCCCAAGUAAUAUGAAAUGGAAUAUCUUACCAAGCUACUUUAUUUUUAGCAUUAAUAGACUAAGAGAUGCAGUGAGUCAGGGUUCCUCCUAGUAGGCAUUGACAGAAAAGUAUCAAAAGUGUCCUUUUUAUACUCUGUAAUGUCCAUAUUAGAAUAUAGUUGCCUUAAGCUGUAAUAACUCUGGUAUUUGCUCUCUUUCUAUGGGUCUGAGAAAUUAACAUGGACUUUGCUUUGUGUUUGAUAUUUUAAAUUACAGGGAGUCAAAUAUGUUCUAAGUGAGUGGUAAUAAUAUGAAUGGUAACUCUUGUCAUAUUUCCAAAAUGUGUUUCAUUUAUGGAGUCAACAUAUUUUUGUUGUAAAAAAUAAUUUUGACUCUGGGGCAUAAACUCAAAUUAAAACAUUUAACUUGAAUGGUUGAAACUAUAUUUUCAACAAAUCCAUCUUACAAAAGAAUUCCUAUGCCCAAAUGCUUCCAUUUGCUUUAUUUAACUUGCACAUCUUUGAAUUAAUUUUGAGUUCUAUAAUUAGUGUACAGUGUUCCUUUAUAUCUCAAGAUAUUAAUUUUUAAGUGACCUUGGAGUUUAAUAAAGGCAAAUGUAUUGCAGAGGUCACUACAAAGAUAUUGCACAACAAGAACAGCAUAAAGGUUUAAAAAAAAGUAAUUUAUAACGACAGUCUGUUCAUGUUUGUGUUUGUAUAUACAUCUUUUUUUAUCCCCAUGAUCUCAGUGAAGUUGCUGUGUACCUUUGUUGGUAUUUUGCCUUGCCUUUUUAAUGGGCUCAUGCUAAUGAUUAAAAAUACACCUUUUAAUGACCACAUUUUAAGAACAUACGAAGUGUCUUCAGAUUUUGAUUGAAUUCUCAACAUCAGAGCCUGCUCACAAACACAAUUCUUUUAUAUUUUUAUACAAAUCAUGGAAUCUUAUUUGCUCAAAAAUUCACAAUAACAUGCAGGUCUAUAUCAGUUGUUUCUAAGUUCAGUGCUGAGGGACCCCUGUGGCUGCAAGCUUUUGUUCCAACUAGUUUGACAAUUAAUUAGUCAGGUAUGGUUAGGAUUGGUGGGUCUGAGCUAAGGAUCUGUAUUGGUAUUUGGAACGUUGCCAGAUCAAAUCUCAUUACUGCCAGGAGGGAUCCUGCUCCAUUGGGCCAAUGAGAAAGGCCCUUAUUCUGAAAAUUGCUCCAGGGACUCUGUACAAUGACUGACCAUGCACUCUCACCUCCAAAGGUCAUGCGAUAAGACAGUUUCCUCUUGGGGAUUAAUACAGUGUACCAAAUACUAAAAUUCUACCUGUAAUUGAUCACAUUGUUUAAUUACAUACUUUUUUAAUUCUGCAUUUGAAAAAGUUAAGUAAUGUUACAUUCCAUUCAUAAGAAAUUUAUAAAUAUUUGUAUAUUUCACCUUCAAGAUUUGUCUCUAAGCAUUACUCUUGAAGACACCCAUUCACCAUCAGUCAUUUUUAAGGAAUCUUGGUGUGACUCUGAAUUCCUCACUUUUAGUCAUCAAAUAUUUUUCUUCAAUAAACCAAUUGUGUUGUUUCUUUCUUCAUAAUAUUACUCACUAUUUAUGCCAUGCAACUCAUUCUUCAGGCAUUGGCUCUCUCUCGGCUGGACUAUUGACACUAUCUCCUGAUGGGGCUUCGUUCAACUGCUGUAAGACCUUUCCAGUUUCUUCAGAAUGCAGCUGCUCAACAGAUGUUCUUUAUUACUCUUUUCACUCCUAAUACUCCUCUGUUUCAAUCUGUCAGCUGACUUCCUGUUGCUGCAAAACUCUGAAUGGUUCUGCUCCUCUGUAUCUCCAGUCAUUGGUCUCUCCACAUGUCCCUUCAAGAAGUGCCUCUCUCUGUGUGUUGAUCAUCUCUUGCCAGAUGUUUCAGUACUGGACAAUACCAAUCUGUUCUUGUUCCAAAGCUGUGGAAUGAUCUGCCUUUUGUCUACACAACUGCAUCCAGUUUGCUCAUGUUUAAGUGUCUUCUACUCUUGUUGUACUGACAAAGAGUAUAGGAAAAUGAUUUUAGACUUAGACUAUGACUAAGAUAGAAAUAUUUCAAAGUUUUAUAUGAAAGUAAAUCUCACAUUACUAAAAUUCUUUAAGGGAAGGAGAGAAAAAAUGGAAAAAUGUUAAAGCUGAUUAAAGUGAAAAAUGGCUUGCUGAUAAUGAAACUGUGUGGAACAAAAACCUGCAGGCACAGAAAUCCCCCUUGACUGAACUUGGAAGCCACUGUUUAUAAACCCAGAGCACUCGAAUUUGGUCCUUACGGGUCCUUGAAUUAAUAGCUUAAUUAGAAGUCAACACUUGACAGUAACAGAACCUAUUUAAUUUUAUGUCCUCUUAAUAUUUUUCAUUCUGCCAUAUCCUGUCAUUCAUAAUAUUUUAGGAUUUUUCUUUUCAAGAAUAUUAUACAAAUGAGUUGUGAGCUUGACUAGAUUAGUAGUUCUCAAAUUUUGUUUCUCUUCCAUUUCUUUCCAAAUAUUUUAUUAGAUCAGAGACAUUAUGAUGAACACAUAAAGGUGUAAAUGGGACCAAGUUAGGUGAUCGGCUGCUGAACAUGCUGUUUUGCAUCCCAUUGUUAGUUGGCAGAUGGUUAAGAAAACCAGAAACCAUUAAAAUGGUUAGUAAAGCUCUUUAAGGUUAAAGGAAGUGAUCAUGGGUUGUGAAUCUGAAUACGUGAGUUAAUAAAAUAAAGCACAAAUAUCUUGCUUGAAUAUUAAUUGCUUUAGCAGCAAUAAGUUCCUUCUAAUUAGGAAAUUGAUUUAGAACAAAAACCUGCAGACACUGUUACCCAAAAGGACCAAACUUCAGCACCCCAGUGUACAGUAAAUGGUAUAAAUUAUUGUUUUAAAAUCUGAGAUUACACUUUUGUAAAUAUCAUUGUUUUUAACUUUUCCAGCCUUAAUGCAUGCUUCAAAAUGUAAUGUUUUAUGAUGUAUAUUUCUGACUAAUGAAUACUUCAUAAUUGCUCCAUUUAAAUACCUUUAAAAAGGAUUUAUUUAGCAUGAGGAAACCCUAAUAUGUAAUGUGUCCUUAUUAAACCUGUUUUUCCUUCCAGCAAGGUUGCAUAUAGAAUUAUUUUUGAAAUAAACAGGCAAAUCAUUAUUUUUAGGUAUUAUGAAAUCUAGGUCCAUUUGACCCUAAAUAAUUAGAUAUUGUAUUUUAUUACCUUCCAGGUUUUUGUUGAGUGUCUGUGCUGCAAAUAUUAAUAACAUCUUCAAAUAUCCAACGUGAUAAUCUUAAUGUCAUAUUUUUAUGAACUAAGCAAAUAAAUGCAUAUUUUAACAAACUUAUAUGGAGAUGUAAUCAAAACAUUAUUUUACUGAUUAUUUUAAAUAUGUUGUUUAGUAACAUGUAGGCACUCAGUGAAAAUAUAAAAUAUAAGAAACAGAAGAUGUCAAAGAAAAUGUAAGGUAAAUUCAGUCUUAGUAAAAGAGGAUGGUUUUGGGUUGGCACUCUGAUCAGAAGUGAAGAAUCUUAUUAGCAAACCUUUCCCUCAUACUCUAGCAUCCGUAUUGUACACCCCAGUUUCAUUGUAACAUGCAACACUGUUUCGUUAUGUAUUUGUCAAUCUGUAAUCAGUUUAGUUCAGGGUUAUGGGGACAGGAGCCUAUCUUGACAGUAUCUGGUGCAAAGCAGGAAAAAAAAACCCUGGCCACCAGUCUGUCACAGGUCACAUUCACACAGAACCAGUUAAUCUACAUGAUUGGGAUAUUGGAGCACAAGCACUUCCAUAAACAUGGUGAGAACAUGCAAACUCGAUAAAGACACUAUCCAGACAGAAUUUCGAAACCAACACUUUGGAACAAUGAAGCAGCAGUAUUAAACAUUGUGCCACCCCGACUUCUUUGCAAUUAAUAGAGAGAUGAAUAAAAGACAAGUUAAUUUGGUGCCAUUUGUAACACUGUAAUAAAUUAAGUUCUUGCAUACAAUAUUUAGAAUAUUAAGGUCUACUAUUAAUGCACAUCAUUAACCAUUUUGUUAAUUUUGCCUUAAAAAGUACAAACUGGCAUUGGUUAAGAACAAGGAGAAAAGGAAUCCUUCUAAAUAAAGCAUACAUUAUAUUAAAGGUUAAGUUCUAUAUUUUUCAAGUCAAAAUUAUUUCGCAAACAUGUAAUAAAUAUUAAUUUGCCACAUGAAAUUGUGUUCUAAAGUGAAGUAUUAAUUAUUAAUAAAUGAGUAAUUUCAUAAAUUUAACCAAAAACAACCUAGCCUAUUGUGUUUUAAAAUGGAAGUCAUAGGGCAGCAGUCCAGACGUGAAAACAAAAGCCCUAAAACUUAAGAGAGUAUGUCCACUUUGAAGUAGCUAAGGUUUCAAUUUAAGAAAUUGUGCCUUCUGCAUUUCUGAGACAUGCUUGUGAUCACAAGUCCUUGGCACUAUUGAGUUGUUUGCUUGCAUUGGCUAUUGUGAGUGAAGUUUUGAGAUUUUACCCCAGUUUGCCAAAUUACCGUAGCUUCAGGCUGCAUGUUAUCCUACUUUUAUCUGUGCAAUUCUCCAAUGGUUACAUUCUGUAAAGGCAUGUAACAAAUGAUGCUCUCUAUACAAAAGUGUGACCUGAGUAUGCAUCUGCCAUGAUUCAAAAUGAGUGCCAGCAACACGUGCAUAAAAAUAUGAUUUGAGUACACAAUGCUAGCUCACAUAAUGAUUCACAUACAGACACAGUUAUUUAAAGACAAGUGUAUGCUCAGAUCAUGAAUUUUUUUUUCUCCUACACUGUGCCUGCUUCUCACCUGUUAUAUUCUCUAUUGUUAUUUUACAUAGUCUAUGGAGUAAGACUCAUCAUGAAUGGCUGAAUAGUGCGUGUUAAUAAAACAUGCACAUAAGAAUUUGAUUAUACUUUGUACACAAAGCAAUAAAUCUGAACUGAUAACACUGCAUUGCAUUUUUUAACAGCCCCUACAUUUUUGACAGUGUCAAGGACCACCUGCAGGUCAAAACUAAGCUCACAAUCGAAGUCUGCAUUCCUGUGGGACUCGAUACAUUUUUUUUUUUUUUGGUGCACCAGGGACAGGGAUAUAAUCGAGACACAUCCCUCCAUAUACAGUGGAUAUUUGUUAACUUUGGUAAUUUAACAAUCUGAUCAAUUGAAACAUCUAGGUUUAUAUACAACUACUGCACUUAGUAAACUGCUUAAGGACUUGCAGAGUUUCUAUUUCUCUUCCAUAAUAGCAAAAAAAGAGUGUUUUCAAUUUAAAAUUGCUAUUUUAAGUUAAUGUUUUUUUUCUGCACAACUGAUGUCUCUAAUAUCCACUUUUAAUAAAUCUGCUUAUCUAGGGCAAGGCUGCGUGGCAGCUGGAGCCUAUGUCGGCAGUCAUUGGGCACAAGGCAUGAGCAACACCUUGACAAAAUGCCAGUCCAUCACAGGGUGAACACAAACAUACAUAUAAAGGCCACUUUAGCAAUACUAAUUCACCAAACCUGUAGGAGGAAAUCACAACACCCAGAGGCAGCUCAUAAGGGCAUGGGGAGAACAAGCAAAAUUAACACAGGGAAUAAACAGGGAUAUAAAUCCCUGUUUCUUCUGUUGUGAAGCAAUUAUGUACCUGUCAUGCUGCCCACAUCUUAAUUUCUAAAAAUGGAGAAUGUUACAUGUAUUGUAAUCUGGGGAAAGCCCACCUUGGUUUUAAAAAUGAUCAGAUUUAUUGUAACAUUUUUAAAUAUAAUAAAACUAGCAUCAUCAUAUUGUCUGUGACUUCUGCUGAUGGGUUUUCUUCCUUAAUAGUAGUUUUUGUGUUUGUCAGAGUGAAUAUGAGCUUUAAGUUUUCAAUGCCAGUUCCCCCCAUUAUACAUUCGGCUUCCUACUUAUGUCCUAGUCUAAGAACAUGGGUUCUAAAUUUUGUUUUUCAUUUUCUGUAGAUUUGAACUUUUUUGUAUUUUGAGUGCACUUUGUGCUUGUAAGUUGAUGUUGAAUAGUAACAUGGGUCUGCCCAGUAUUCCGAAUACUGUCACCUGAGUCAAACUGCCAUGUGUGCUUUUCUUUAAACAAACCCCAUGCCACAUAAAAGUAGAAUUGUGUGCAUUUUCAAAACAUAUAUAAAUGGAUUGGACAAAAUAUGUAUCUCUCAUUUGUUUACACAUUCUUGCUAAUGAUAAAGGCAAAACCCGAGGAUAAUUUUUGUGAUUUUAUAAGUACAAGCCAGAACGCUCUUUUAGGAGACCAUCACCACAAAUUAGAGGACGUCUCAUUACUCUGUAUUUAUUCAUAUCUGUACUUUUUUUAAUGCUAUCAAUAGAUAAACUCUGGUUGUAUUGUGGAAAAGAAAAACAGUCAAACAUAAGUGCCUUUUCUAAAAAAGCAGAAAUACAGUCAGGAGCAGAAUGGAACAUUUUAUGGGUGUGAGAGAAAAUGGGUGGAAGAGGGCAGAAAUUGGAUGGAAUUGUGUCUGGAGCAGUUGGGAGUGGGACGAAACUAUGGUGGGAGCCAGACCAAAAAAACUCUGCACCAUGUAGACCUGUAGUUCAUGACACCAAUCAACACUCAACCUUACAUGCUUAACUGUGGUAUGUCAGGUGCACUCGUGAUAAAACAAAUAUUGGAAAGUUAAAAAUGCAGAUUAUGAAAGAGAGCCAAACUCUGCUUUUGCUAAGGCCAUUACACUAAAUAAACUGUGGACAAUGUUUUUGAAUGAGAAACUGUUUCUUUGUGGUAGGCAUCUCCUCAAGCCCAUAAAAUGAGGUAAUUCUGAGUUGAGAUUUCUUGGCCAUUGUAAGUCAGCUUUUAAUUAUUAUUAUUAUUAUUAUUAUCACACUUAGUGAAAGGCUGAGCAAUCGUCUGAAAUUUUUUAAGCGAAUAAUCUAUAGUUGUGUACAGACUAGAAACUGCAAUUCAUGAUGCUGGGCUUUGCCUUUCAAUAACAUCAAUUACAGAACUUAAAAACAACUUUUUGAAGUGAAACCUGUGAAAGUUGACCAUGGAAGUAGACAAUUAAUAUGGUGAAGUGUACAGCAGGUCUCCUUUUGAAAUGGCACUUUAUCCUAAUAGAGCUUGGUAAGACAUAUUCUUCCAAUGAGUCCCACAGUCUAAGGUUCUGUUAGUCCCUGUUUAAGGCAGUUUAAAUAUCUCCAUCCUUAACUGGUAACUUCCACCGCUCUAAGGUUAAACAAUCUAUACUUUUUUUGGAUUCUGAAUCUGUUUUGAUCUUUAGUGCUUAAGAUUGCUGUAGAAAGCCAAAUCUUUCCAGAUGUGACAAAUUCUAGCUUCCUUCAUCUGGUACACCUAAUUCAUGUGUGUAUGUAAGAGUUUAUGAAUGUAUUUGAUGUCUCUGUGUACCAGCCCACAGACUACAGUCCUGGGCUAGAGUGCCUUCAUUGUGGAGAUGACCCGUUUGUCUCAUGUUGACAUGGAUUUAAACCAGUGAUUAUAAUUGUAUUCGAGUGUUCCCUGUGACCACCUGGUGUUUUAUGUAAGAUAACUACCUUUCUUGUGCCCACUAUUGACACUAUACUUGGCCUAGUGGAAUGUGACUAAGUGGACUGACACUGCUAAAUUUUAUUACUUUUGUGUUUGCUCUGUUAUGAAUGGGCAUCCAAGUCAGUGUCAGUCUUGGACCCUUUGCAGCUGUCAGCUAGGUAAACAGAUCAGAAAAUAAAUUGCUGAGUGAAAUAAAGUUUUGCUGUCAGAAUUAUAUUUAGAGUAGUUAUCUAAUCUUCCCAUUUUUAUGGAACAGUGAGAUAAAUGUUUAAUUCACAUUAUCACAUCAUUGACAUCCUGAAAUAUUUUUACCUUUAACAGUAAGAACAAUUUUGAUAUUAUUUAAAGAUGUGCAGGGUUCUUUCUAAAUAUCUGAAUACUUGUUUAUACUGCUUAAUUUCAUUUCAGUGUGUGAUUUUGUGAACAUAGCAAAUUAUGUAUAUACAGUGGUAGAAAUACAGCACAAAACACAGACAGGUUUUAAUAAAGGGAAUUUGAGCUUUGCAUGUAAUAAAUUAUGUUUUAUGUGCGGUGUAUGUAAGUAAUUGCAUAUAGAAUAAGGUAUACAUUUAUUUGCUUCUAUUAGUUAUUUUGCAGCAUUCCCACUCAAUAUUUGGUGGGCUGUUGCUCCUUUAACAAGACAGUCUUCAUUGAAUCUUUUAACAGCUCACAUUCCAUUUUAAGGGCUAUUAAAAGUAAUGCAAAGGUCAAAGGUGAAUGUUUGGUCUUGAAAUGGCAAGCUUAAGCUUAUUUCAGGAAUAUGUAUAUAAAAGAUAGUUUUAACUUAAUAGAUUGUUUAAAUUUGAUUCUCUCCUAUUUUUAAAAAUAAAAUGCAUGCAGAUAUUUUUAAACUUUUUCAAGUUUAAAGGUUGUUUUGUUCUACUCAUUCUUUAUUCCUUUUUGUCAUGGCUAUAUUAAUGUAUAAAUGAGGAAAAAAUUCUGAAACACAGCUAAAAGAACUGAAAGACAAGUCUAGACUGAAAUGCCUGGUGGGUGAUUAUUCACCUGAUCACCAGAAACAGCUAAAUGGAUAAAACGAUGAUACUAUUCUUAAAUUUGGUAGCACGCAAAAUAGAAAAUACAGAUAGAACCUGGUGUGUGCUGUGCGGAUGGACUUCAGUCACCCCACAUGUUGUAUUGGCCAAGUUUUGCCCCAGCAGAUCCAUAUGGGCUGUUAUUAUUACUUUACUUGUUUUGUGAACAAACCAUUUGUGGUUACCAGCCAUUGUGGUAAUUUAAUGCUUCAGUGUGAAAUGCUUUCUUCUGUGUUUUGUAGAGAAUCAAAAUUAAAGGUUUAUAUAAAAAUAUUAUUUAAACAAUAUUAUGUAAAUAUUUCACCUGAUGGACUACAAAAUAUAACUGUUAUUACAUGGGUUAAGGAUUGUUUUCAUAUUGCACAUUAAAAUGGAGGACUCUUUGAUUAUUUUAAUGAUCAUGUACUUUUUUCACCGAGCCAGUUACCAAGGGAUUUUGAAAUGUGGACUUUCAGACAUAUUGGGCAAGACAUUGUGUGGUUAGCAGUGAUCAUUAUGUGCUGUACUGUUUUCACACAGUAAUCAUACUGCCUACAUUUUGUUCUUGCCUAGCACUUUAGUUUACCUUAUGACAGUGUUUCAACAGCCUGUGAGGUGCUUAAAGUAGAACCAUUAAGAUGUCUUUCCACUGUGAAAUUUGUAUAUUCUGGGGGAAAUGUUCUGUGUGUGAAUAUAAUAUACAGUAUCUAUAUACUGUAAAUAGAAAUGUGUGUUUAUUUAAUGCUAUUGCAUUCAUCUUCCAUUAAAGUAUAAAUGUAAUGAGUGGAAAGUGCUUACUUUGAAAAACUUUUGAAAUUAUUUUGUAAAAUAUACUUAUCUUCUGAGAGCACCAUAGUAUUAUUAAUUCAUUUUUAAAUAUUCUAUCCAGUCCAGAGAUCAGCAUUACACACUACUUCCUUUUUAGCUGGCUGCAUAAAAGAACAUUUAAUGCAGAUGUGACCAUGUUUUUAUCAAGGUAUAGUUGGCAUUGCUGCUGAAGAUGCAUGCAUUCACAAAGUAUAAAAGAUUUAACGAAUACUGGGGGUGUUUCUUGGGAGAAUUAAAUCAGCACAUUCCCUUCAGUGAUAUUCUUCUUCCCUGUCUAAUUCACUGACUUGUUCUGUUAGAUGAUCAUGUUAUGGGUUUUCCAGCUGCAUUUAUUUUCAGCUUGUUUAAAGUGGAUCUGGCAGACAAAGAGAAAAGAAGAUUGGCCUCUUUAAGGAAAUUCAGUACUGCUCUGGAUUUAGGGACACUAAUGACAAUCAAAGCUAAAACCAAUGUAACUUGCAGUAUAAAAUGUAAGACUGACAAUGAUUACGUACUCUUCACAUUUUGGUUUGUGUACAGUACAGUGUUAUAAUUAAGUGUUAUCUGCCAAUAUUAUGUUAAUAUGUGUAUUCAUAAUUGGUCAAUUUUUUUCUUCUGAAAUAUAUUUCAAUAAAGUCACUUGAGAUUUGCA